AAACCGCGUACGACCAGAUGGGUGAGGACCCCGCCGUGUCACGAACAAAGCCAAAUACUGCAGUCGUCUUUCAACCUGCCUGAUUCAAAACAAAUUGAGAUACACGACAAAAUUAUAUUAGCACUAUAUAUGGUGAAUAGAUAACAUACAGAUGUUUAUUAGAGACGUUAAUACACUACGUAGGAGAGUAAAUUCGAAUGCGUGAUGAAAGGCCGUGGUUAUGAUGCUCACCGGCGUUGUCAGGGACAGUCGGUUGCCGCAUUGCUCGUCUGUCCGUUUCCUGGGAGAAUCGCGAACAGGAAUGAGCCUGCUGUUCGUGCCGAGACAUAACGGCUCACCAAAUAAGUCCAGAAUCUGUAGCAGACUGCACACAUUGUCCUGACACACAAUUCUUAAAUGAUUCGUUUUACAGGUGGCUGGAUUUAAGGACUGUUAAUGGUUAUAAAUAGUUGCCGUUGUUACAAUCCGCUAUGACGCUCGAGUUAGCAAGCUAAACAAAUAAGUGAGCUAAUCUGCUACUGGUCGCCGGUUUUCCGUCAGCGACCCCAACACCACUUAAAGCUGACCUCAAGACAGCCGCAUUAUAGAAGAGGUAAUACUGUUAACGGCUCAGUCAAUCCACUGGUAACCUGCCUGCUCGUUACCAACCCGAGCCGCUAUAGAGAACGCUAGCUAUAAAUACACGGCAUUGUUUCCCUUCCAUCCAAAAGUAGCUCAGCCACAGAGACAGGAAGUCUUGCUCGCCUCCUUGCAGCUGGAUCUCCGGCGUUUCUCCUACUUGGGAUUUAUUGAACUUCGGCGGCACGCUGUCAAACUUUGAGACGAGCUGUGGGGCUAAAACAGCGUCAAUCCGCUUAGGCCGACGUCAAGAUCAGCACGUUGCCCCAGUUAAGCCUGUAGGAUAGCGCUUGACAGUCCCAAAUUUAAUGGAAAGUCACCGUUGCAUUUCGGGAAAAAGGUACCGAGUCGAUCAUCCGAGACCGGACACACAGACUCUCUAAUCAGACUAAACCGAGACGCAGCAGGACAUGAACACCAUGUCUGAAGACAACAAUGCAGACAAGUUUAUUAAGGAGAGCUCCAUCUUGGAAGAGUACAGUAUAAACUGGACACAGAAGCUUGGUGCUGGAAUCAGUGGACCUGUAAGGGUGUGUGUGAAGAAGUCAACACAGGAACGGUUAGCCCUGAAGAUCCUGAUUGAUAGACCUAAAGCACGCAAUGAGGUAAGACUUCAUAUGAUGUGUGCAUCACACCCCAACAUUGUACGCAUCUUGGAGGUUUAUGCCAACAGUGUGCAGUUUCCCCAUGAAUCCAGUCCACGAGCAAGAUUAUUAAUUGUUAUGGAGAUGAUGGAGGGAGGAGAGCUGUUCCACAGAAUCAGCCAGCACAGGCACUUUACAGAGAAGAUGGCCAGCCAAGUCACUAAACAGAUUGCCCAGGCUUUGGAACAUUGUCACUCACUUAACAUUGCGCAUCGAGACCUAAAGCCAGAGAAUCUGCUGUUCAAGGAUAAUUCACUGGAUGCUUCUGUGAAGUUGUGUGAUUUUGGUUUUGCCAAAAUCGAUCAAGGUGAUUUGAUGACCCCACAAUUCACUCCUUACUAUGUAGCACCUCAGGUAUUGGAGGCACAAAGACGUCACCAGAAAGAAAAGUCUGGGAUAAUACCUACCUCACCUACCCCUUACACGUAUAACAAGAGCUGUGAUUUGUGGUCCUUGGGCGUUAUUAUCUAUGUGAUGCUGUGUGGGUAUCCUCCGUUUUAUUCCAAGCACCACAGCCGCACCAUCCCUAAAGACAUGCGCAAGAAGAUCAUGACCGGCAGCUUUGACUUUCCUGAAGAUGAGUGGAGCCAGAUAUCUGAAAUGGCAAAGGAUAUUGUCCGCAAGUUAAAACCUUGCAGGUACAGAGACCAACGCAUCAGACGCUGGUUUGCAUUCCGCAUCCUGGACAGAAAAACAAGAGGAUUGUGGCUGCUGAAGGUAAAGCCUGAAGAAAGGCUAACCAUCGAGGGGGUCUUGGCUCACCCCUGGCUUAAUUGCACUGAGGCUUUGGACAAUGUGCUUCCUUCUGCUCAGAUGAUGAUGGACAAGGCUGUGGUCGCUGGGAUCCAGCAAGCCCAUGCAGAACAACUGGCCAACAUGAGAAUACAGGACCUUAACGUCAGCCUGAAGCCUCUUAGCUCUGUGAAUAACCCCAUUCUGAGGAAGAGGAAGCUGCUCGGUCCAAAGCCUAAUGAUGGCUUUUUCAUCAAUGACCCUGAAAAUGGAACAGAAGACUCCAAUGUGGCUCUGGAAAAACUGCGGGAUGUCAUUGCACAGUGCAUCCUACCGCAGGCUGGAGAAAACGAGGAUGAGAAGCUGAAUGAGGUAAUGUACGAGGCAUGGCGUUUCAACAGAGACUGCAAACUGCUCCGUGAUGGCCUGCAAGGACUGAACUGGGAUGGUAGGGCUUUCUCUGAUAAAGUGGAUCGCUUGAAAUUGGCAGAGAUUGUGAAGCAGGCUAUUGAAGAAAAAACAAACAUGGAAGACUCCCAAUAGAAAGUGCUGUGUUUCUAUUUCCUUUUGUACUGUUUAUUAUAAUUCUUCUUAAGCAAAUAACUGUAAAGUGUAAUUUUAUGUAAAUUGAAGCGCAUAUUUCCCCCUUCCAUGGACACGCUUGCAAGCCUGUUGUAAUGCCAAGUUGUUGGUGGUAUGAUUAGUUUUUAUAGGGGAAAAAUUACCAACCAAGGCAGCAGCUCUUUGUAAUUCAUUUGAGAUUUAUUUUUAUUUUUGUUUGAAGGAUGCUUGCAAAUGUAUUUAUAAGAAAAAGAAAGCUGUUUUACUACAAACUUUACAAAGGACAAAUUAACGUAUGGAGGCUUCUUAAAUAAAGGUGAGGUAGGGGUCUGGACAGAAGUUGAAAAUGAAAUUGCAAUUAAAUAUUUCACAUUAUAUCACAACAUGUAUCAGUUGGGAUGCUAAGUAAUUUGUCUCCUUUAUAUCCCAAAAUCUGUUACCAAGUUAAGCCAUGCUGGCAUGAUUUUUCUCAGAUUAUUUUUUUCUGGAGUAACUCCAAUAUUUACUCCCUUUAAUUCAGCUCAUACACGGCUCUUUGGUGAAUUAUGACUUAACAUUGCAGCCUUCUUUAGCUGUGUCUGUGAAAAGAAAAAUAAAUGCUGUAUCCAUUUUGUUGUUCUUUAAUGGAAGUACUUACCUUACAUGAGCAGUUUUUUCUGGUGUUUCCCAAAGCAUCAGGGUCAUAAAUCUUAAUUUGGUAGAGUCCGUAUGUUCAUACAAAUCAAGUAUCUUUUCAUAAUCUGAACUAUUGUAUACCAUUUUUAUACAAUUAUACAAUUUUGGAGAAGAUGCCACAUGGUGCACAGUUAGGUCUCAGCUCCAUGCCAGAACUGCAUGUGCCCAAAUAAUUCUAUUAUGAGAUGCCUGUUAUUAUUGUGUGAUUUUGGUGCCAGCUGGCAAAUGUGGAUAUUAUUGAUAUGAUUUAGUGAAAAUACACUAAAGAAUUUUUUUUAAUUCAAGAAUUAUAAUCCGGGGCCUAAUAAUACAUCUGCUCUGUGUCAUUAUAUGAAAGCCAGAUUUGAUAAGCUGUUCAUGAAGACUUUUCUUUUUACAGAUUGUCCGAACGUACUUAUAGACGACAAAGAAAUAUGUAACACACAUUGUAUUAAUCAUUAGAUUCUGAUGCUUUGAGAAAGCAGUUUGAGUUAAGGUAAUAUCGCAUCUCUCUCUCUCUUAUUUAUAUACACACAACCCCGAUUCCAAAAAAGUUGGGACAAAGUACAAAUUGUAAAUAAAAACGGAAUGCAAUGAUGUGGAAGUUUCAAAAUUCCAUAUUUUAUUCAGAAUAGAACAUAGAUGACAUAUCAAAUGUUUAAACUGAGAAAAUGUAUCAUUUAAAGAGAAAAAUUAGGUGAUUUUAAAUUUCAUAACAACACAUCUCAAAAAAGUUGGGACAAGGCCAUGUUUACCACUGUGAGACAUCCCCUUUUCUCUUUACAACAGUCUGUAAACGUCUGGGGACUGAGGAGACAAGUUGCUCAAGUUUAGAGAUAGGAACGUUAACCCAUUCUUGUAUAAUGUAGGAUUUGUCGUAUCUUCCGUUUUAUGAUGCGUCAAAUGUUUUCUAUGGGUGAAAGAUCUGGACUGCAGGCUGGCCAGUUCAGUACCCGGACCCUUCUUCUACGCAGCCAUGAUGCUGUAAUUGAUGCAGUAUGUGGUUUGGCAUUGUCAUGUUGGAAAAUGCAAGGUCUUCCCUGUAAGAGACGUCGUCUGGAUGGGAGCAUAUGUUGCUCUAGAACCUGGAUAUACCUUUCAGCAUCGAUGGUGUCUUUCCAGAUGUGUAAGCUGCCCAUGCCACAUGCACUAAUGCAACCCCAUACCAUCAGAGAUGCAGGCUUCUGAACUGAGCGCUGAUAACAACUUGGGUUGUCCUUCUCCUCUUUAGUCCGAAUGACACAGCGUCCCUGAUUUCCAUAAAGAACUUCAAAUUUUGAUUCGUCUGACCACAGAAGAGUUUUCCACUUUGCCACAGUCCAUUUUAAAUGAGCCUUGGCCCAGAGAAGACGUCUGCGCUUCUGGAUCAUGUUUAGAUACGGCUUCUUCUUUGAACUAUAGAGUUUUAGCUGGCAACGGCGGAUGGCACGGUGAAUUGUGUUCACAGAUAAUGUUCUCUGGAAAUAUUCCUGAGCCCAUUUUGUGAUUUCCAAUACAGAAGCAUGCCUGUAUGUGAUUCAGUGCUGUCUAAGGGCCGGAAGAUCAUGGGCACCCAGUAUGGUUUUCCGGCCUUGACCCUUACGCUCAGAGAUUCUUCCAGAUUCUCUGAAUCUUUUGAUGAUAUGUUCAAACUCUUUGCAAUUUUACACUGUCGAACUCCUUUCUGAUAUUGCUGCACUAUUUGUUGACACAGAAUUAGGGGGAUUGGUGAUCCUCUUCCCAUCUUUACUUCUGAGAGCCGCUGCCACUCCAAGAUGCUCUUUUUAUACCCAGUCAUGUUAAUGACCUAUUGCCAAUUGACCUAACGAGUUGCAAUUUGGUCCUCCAGCUAUUCCUUUUUUGUACCUUUAACUUUUCCAGCCUCUUAUUGCCCCGUCCCAACUUUUUAUGCCUCCGCCACCUUAAGGUGCAGGAGGCAUUAUGUUUUCGGGUUGUCCAUCUGUCUGUGUGUCCGUCCGUCCAUCUGUCCAUGCGUGCGUCCGUCCUGAAACCUUGUGAACACGAUAUCUCAAAGGCUAAUGAAAGGAAUUUCACCAAACUUUCACCAUUUGUGUGCUUUGGGACAAAGAUGAAAUGAUUAGAUUUUGAGAUCAAAAGGUCUAAGGUCAAGGUCACUGUGAGGUCAAAUGUCUGUCCGAAAACCUUGUGAACACAAUAUCUCCAAGGCAAAUGAAAGGAAUUCCACCAAACUUUCACCAUUUGUGUGCUUUGGGACAAAGAUGAAAUGAUUAGAUUUUGAGGUUAAAAGGUCACAGGUCAAGAUUACUGUGAGGUCAAAUGUCCAUCCCCAAAUCACAACUUAAUAAGGCGUGUAGUCUACCAGGCGGAGGCAUCCCCAUCGACUACGUUGGCGUCGAGUUCUAUCUAGUUUGAGAUGUGUUGCUGUCAUGAAAUUUCAAAUGAGCCAGUAUUUGGCAUGAAAUUUCAAAAUUGUCCCAACUUUUUUGGAAUCGCGUGUGUGUGUGUAUAUAUAUAUCUCACACACACACACACACACACAAAAUAGAUUUUAUAUUAUAUAUAAUAUAAAAUCUAUAAUCUGUGUGCGC